AUGCUAAUUUUUAUUGUUGAAACAACUAUUUCCAACAUAAAAGAGGAAAAUUUUAAACUAGGAAUUGUGGGGCUUUACCCCUUGGGGAGCCCUUCCAGAAAUUCUCAAAGGCCAGGGUCAAGCCCAGGCCCAAGAGGGGGUUUGGAAAUAGUUUUCAACCAGCAAUAGACGCGCCUCGGUUAGAACCUCACUAGCUGCGUC